GAAUGUCAGAAAGCUUGUGCUCACAAGAUACAGACGGUGUCAGCGCCGUUCUCACCGAUGUCCAGUGGGCCUACUGAUCCAUCGUCAAUUAGUGCAUCCGAAAUUUUCCACUCCAAUAUGUCAAACAUAGCAGCCGAUGAUCCUCUAGCACAUUCAGAUCCACCACAAGCUCCUUUCACCGUGGUUCAUCCUCGUAAUGUUCAUUUUCUCACUCCACUAAAGUUUUCUCGUAAACCUAACUUUCAUUUACGAGUGAAUGCUACGCUAACCACGAGAUUAUUGACUAGGCGCACAACUUUGAAAAAUACGCCAAAAAUCACUAUAAAUCGCACUACAGCUAGCUUAGGUUUUUUCUUAAGCACAAGCACACGGCCACCUAUCGUAUACCCUAUCGUUAAGGAAGUGAGCUUUUAUGCACCAAAUGAGCAUAGAUCCAUCUUGUCGCUAAAUCAACGUGAAACCACAGGUGACAGUCGGGCCACAACUCGUGUCGCUCGCCUUGCGUUCCAUUCGGAUUUGGACAAACAGCUAGCUGCUGUGAAACGUAAAAAGGAAAAUCGCGAAGAUAUUGCCUACAGCAAUGCGGUGAACCAUCCAGUCACCAUCGCAUGUAUGUUUAUACCUUUAAUACUGCUAUAA